AUGGUGUGCAGUAAGUGCUUGAAGCUCACCAAGAGCACAAAGCUCGCGACCCCAGAGGUCAAGAAAAAGAGUGAAAUGUACUACGGAUCACCGGCUUCUUCAAAGGCGAGCGGCUCUAAGUCAGCCACCCUGGGCAACACCGGAGUAUCAAAGAGUAAGCUGCUAUCCAAAGCAGCGAAGAAUCCAUAUGCGGCGUAUUCGAGCUCAUGUACGAAGUGUAAAACCAAAAUCACACAAGGCCACUCUUAUUGCCAAAAAUGCGCCUUCAAGACUGACUCUUGUCCCAUGUGUGGGAAACCAAACAAAAAAUCCAAUCCCAAGGCUCCAACCAUUGAUGCGUAUAAAAACACGCUGAAAUAAAUGACAUCGCCAUGCUUGUAUAUGGCAAGGAAGCCAUCAUUUUAUU